AGACAUGGGUCCCUUACAACAUCUAGAUGUUGCUUUAGUAUCAGUGAUACAGUAAGUACUUUCUUGUUCCUGCAGAUGUUUUUGUUGUUGUGUCUGUAGAUGGCAUCGUAACCUAUCUAUUCUCGACUACUCCAUUCUUGACGAAAGAUAUGAUACACCUGCAUAGAUAGACAGAAGAUGUAAGACUACAUCUACGCUACAAGCAACAUGCGAUCCUCACGUCAGUCUGUUAAGAAAUUGGAAAGAAACCUCGUGGAUGCAGUUCGGGUGCAAGCAGUCGGCGGUCGCGGUGGCGAUGGUGCGGUCAGCUAUCUUAAGAAGUCUUUUUAUUUUUAUUUUAUUUGGCGUGGCCUCUAUUCCACUAUUCCUCAGCUAAUUAGCGUCGGCACGCGAAGUUAGACCAGGAUUUUUCUCGUUGCACAACCUUGCUUUUUUUUCAAAAAUGCCGCUAGUGGCAAGGCCUGGCGAACUCCCCUACGCCUUGGACGCUGCGCGACCAUGGGCCUUCGGCGCCGUCGAUAUCGACAGCGGAGCACCUCCCAAGUUCUACGGAAGAUUGACUACUUUUAUUUUAUUUGGCGUUAGGAGUUUCUGCUUCGCGUGCCGACGCUAAUUAGCUCAAUUGCCGGUUGACCUUCCACUAUUCCUCAGCUAAUUAGCGUCGGCACGCGAAGCAGAAACUCCUUGGUCCAGGGACUCCAUGGGGUGGCCCAGGUGGACGUGGUGGAGACGUUGCGCUGGAGGUGGGGUCUGCGUCAUCCUUGCGCAACAUCACUUAAGGGUAGGUUAAAGGUGCUUUUCUUACCGCUUUUUAUGCCUCUCCUAAGGGAGAAAGGCAUAACAAGCGGGGUAAGCGAGCACCAAGAGCCUACCUCUAAACCACAGGCCCAGUCUUGAAAGGUGAAGAUGGUAGUGGAGGCCGACGCAAUUAUGGGGCGGGAGCUAACGUUAAGGGGCCCCACUAGUUAGAAGCUAGAAAUAAAACUGCUGAUUUAUCGCAUCGAAAUAAAAAUGGCAUAUUAAGUUUGGUUAGUCUCAACAAUUUAAUGUGUCAUCUAGAAGCAAUAAUAGGUCUUGAUCUAGUACAAGCUUUUUUCAAGUCGUCAUGAUCAUGUGAAUACUGAGCAAUCUCGGUGAGGACGAGCAAAAAAUUGGGUUUCUCUAAGAAGGGCGCGGAUAAAGUUGUGCGAGUACCACCUGGGGUAAUUGUAUCCGAAAUACUGCAAGUAGAAGAUGCAUCGGAGCUUCCGCCAGUAGAGGCAGAGGUUGAUGAAGGUCGUGAUGUUGAAGCUAGAACAUGCCAUGUUGAUGUUGAAAGUCAGUCUCCAUCCUCUUCCGGCAAGGGAGACGGUUUUUUCGAAGGAUCUUCAACAAAGCAAGACGUCGCUCUUCCUGGCGCUCUUCCUGGCGGUGGACGUGGCUCUUCGUUCGGCCUCAGUGAGAAUGAAUACUUGGAAAAAAUAAUUGAUUUGACCAAGGUAGGGGAGACGUAUCGACUAGCGUCUGGCGGACUGGGUGGAACGGGAAAUAGCACAGGAGCCGACCCACACUAUGCUACGGCAACACGGCUCUCUUAAUAUUUCAUACUUUUGUCAUCUCACGUCCUGAAUAAGACACUUCGUCCAUCGAUUCUUCUUUCUUACACCUUUCUCAUUAAUAACCCAUUGUGGUUUUAAUACCUUUGUCUCACUUAUUGACGUGAUUGAACAGUCUCAGUCAACACACUAUAAUCAAGAGGUAUAAUUUUAUCAUCUUAAAUAAGUAACUACAGUUUCCUUGAUGCCGACGAUCGAUUUGCAGAACAACUUACUACAUCAUACAUACUAGCUUGGAGCGUCCGAUAACAUCCCUCCAAUUAUGCUGAGCCUGGUGAAUCUGGGGAGACGCGCCGCUUCCUGCUUGAAUUGCAGUCCAUAGCUGAUGUAGGCCUCGUCGGCUUUCCAAAUGCUGGAAAAAUAUGAAUGCCUGUUCGUUGUUAGUAGCUUUGUGCGAGAAUAGUGGUAUUGUAUUGGAUUUCUCCCAAUUAAGGCUGUACUAACUAUAACCUCUCCAUUUUUUGUUCACAGAUUGACUAUUCACUAGUUUUCUGUACUAUGAAUAAAUAGCGACUUCUUAAGUAGACGAAAUCUUACGAUAAACAGCCUCUCCUUUAGAAAUUUGUAUUGGAUUGGAUUGGAUUUCUCCCAAUUAAGGCUGGUGGCACUCGCUGUGCAGGAUCCAUAACCUAUUUAACCUAACGACCUUGCAAGUGGCCAUCACUAUCUAGGACCGUCACCGUCUGGGCUGCUCAUUUUCCCUUUGAUGAGAGUGUAAAUGGUUUUUUUUUUAGAUGGGCUCUCUUUUUGACAUUGAUCCAUCCUGGUCGCUGGGAAUCAUGAGGGUCUCUGAAGAGAUCUUCUGUGAUAAUCUUGCAGUAUGCGAAACACUAUGACGCCGCGCGGCAGUCUGCACUGAAAACCGUACGAGAUUAAUUGUAUUGUAUUGCAUUGUAUUGUAACCUCUUAACAAUGGGAGGAAAAACCACAUUCAUAAGAAAGCUCGUUUUUGCGUGCCAUAUCACGAGCAGCUCCAAAAGUUGCAGCUUACCCGUUCACCACCGUCGCUCCCUUUGUAGGCGCAGUCAAAUUCAAGGACGGUUUCGAGAUGUCUGUCGCUGACGUACCUGGCCUGGUCGAAGACGCGCAUCUGGAUAAAGGGUUAGGUAUGAGGCAAGUGUGAAAAUUGACGUUGGUUCGUGGUCAUGCAAGUAGUUUGAUUUUUGUAACUCGAGGUCUAGAAAGAGUUUCGUCUUGCCGAUGACUGUGUAUAGUCAUUUGAGGCGCGAUGUAUGUAUGUAUGUAUGUAUGUAUGUAUGUAAGAGCAAUCAAAUACUCUAUCCUCCUGCACCUCCUCCUCUGCACUUUCUUCAUAUAAGGACACGAGUUUCUGCGGCAUCUUGAGCGGACCAAGUUGCUUGUCUAUGUACUGGACAUGACUGGCGCCUCAGCAAAAGUUGGCGCAGCGAUGAAUACCAAGACGAGUGAGUACCUUAAGGCAGCUACCACUAGUCCAUCCUGAAUCACUGCGCCAUCCAAUUCGCCUUCGUUCUGCACAACGGUAGUGAUGAGUGAGUAUACUAGUAAUCCUGCUUAGUCGUGCACGUAUUGAGGCUGUAGCUCCACUGUUCUAAUCCUCAGAUAUCUUUCUCCACGUCUGAGCAGUCGCCCUCCACGUUUGGCCAGAAUCCGCGCAGUCGAAGUCUCACUCCCCCACUGAUUCAAGGAGCACUUAGAGAUUUGGAGGUUUUGCGUUCCGAAGUCGCACACUUUUCACUCGAAAUGGCAGCACGGCCACUUGCAAUUUUAGCAAAUAAGUGCGACAUGGGUGAGGAGGCAUUGCGAAGCGUAGAUGAAUUGCAUCGACAGCUCAAGAGUUCUAGCAUUUUGGGAGGCUCUCGUGACGUCCCGCCACUUUUCGCAAUCAGUGCUGUUUCAGGUGUGGGCAUUCGUAAUGCAGUACUCGGGAUCCGGAAGCUGUUGACCGGUGCUAAGGGAGGAGCUGCCUGUUUGAGCUGAAUAGAGUCCUGAACAAUGAGGUUUUCGUGUACAACUAGUGACUUUGACCUAAGUACGCAUGAUGAUGAUAAAGUAUAUUAUACUUGUUCACUUUAUUCGUUCUUCGCUUUUAUCACUCUUGACAUUCAAAUUCAUACUAUGCAUGGAUGAAAUCUAAUGAUCAUUGUUACAACAAUCUCGAUCUUUUCUUACUACUUUGCACUUCCAUUGCGCCUCAUCUUGGGAAAUGAUAUUUGACAUGGUAUGCUUUCGCACAAGAGAAUAAGUGAGAACGGCCGCUUUGCUUUCCUCACUCCUCUAUAGAGGAAAAGGAGGGACCAUACAAACAUGUUAUUUCUGGUUUUCCGUAAUGUUCCUUGUCACAAUGGGUGAGUGGACAAGCAGAAGUCUUUAGAUUCUCAGAAGAUGCAGUUGCAGAACACGCUUAUUUAGCAGUUGACCAGCAAGUACAUUUUGCUUGUAG